CUCGACAUCUUCCCCCAAUCCCGAACCCCACCCAAACCCUCCGCAUCCCGCCGACCAUGGCGCCGCCACGCCCGCCUCCGCCGCUGAUCGACGACGUCACCGCCGAGAUCUUCGUCCGCCUCCCGCCCGACGAGCCCCAGCAUCUCUUCCGCGCCGCCCUCGUCUGCAAGCCGUGGCUCCGCGUCCUCUGCGACCCGGACUUCGGCCGCCAGUACCGCGCCUUCCACGGAGCCCCUCCCCUCCUCGGCCUCCUCCAAAGGCGCGAGAUCGCCCAGGGGAACCGCGCCCUGCGCUUCGCCUCCACCACAUCGAUGCCCGCCUUCCCCUACCCGAGCUCCGACGGUAGCCACAUGCGCCCCCUCGACUGCCGCCACGGCCGCGUGCUCAUCCACAUGCUGAAGGGCCGGGAUGUGGAUCUCCUCGUCUGGGACCCCGUCACGGGCGACCACCGCCGUCUGCGCCAACCCUGCAUUCACUGGAUGACCUACGGCGCCGGCUGCGCCGCGGUGUUCUGCGCCGCUGAAGGCUGCGACCACCUCGACUGCCACGGCGGGCCCUUCCGCGUUGUCCUCGUGGGCACCGACAACGACCUGGAUAAACUAUGGGCGAUCGUGUACUCAUCUGAGACGGGGGCAUGGAGCACGCCGACUUCUAUUUACAGUGGCCGUGCCGGCUACGUCGAUACUUGGCGAGGCGCCGUUGUAGGAGAUGAAAUCUACUUCAUUCUUUCACGGAGUCCUAUGAUUGUCAAGUAUGAUUAGCAAGAAUUGCCUGUCUUUGAUUGACCCACCACCACCAGGUCCAGAAGUGUACUGCUAUUCAGCAGCCCUCAUGGAGAUGGAGGACAGUUCGUUGGGGCUCGCUGCCAUUGAGGAUUCCAUCCUUCAUAUCUGGUCGAGGAAGGUGAAUACAGAGGGAGCUGCCGAGUGGGUUGAUUGCAGGGUCAUCGACCUGGAGAAGAUCAUGCCCAUGGCCAAGCCCUGUGACGGUGAUGGAGCAUAUGUGGCUGGCUUUGCAGAGGGUGUGGAUGCCAUCUUCGUGAGCACAGAUGUUGGCUUAUUCACGAUGGAGCUCAAAUCUGGACGCGUGAGGAAGGUUGACGAACCUGGGAUCUGCUAUUCCGUCUUGCCGUACAUGAGCUUCUACACUCCUGACUUUCUUGGUACAGAAUUCUGUUAUUCUCUGGGAUUGCAGAAGCUCACAUGUCAAGCUCAGUCUUGUAACCUUCGGAGUAUGGUACAACCAAGUCAUUUACUUUAUAUCGUGGUAGACUGUCAUCGCCUUGCGAGACUCCCUGAUGUCUGAUGUGCUGCUCCAAGAGGAAGACUGGAUGAAAUGGAUGAACCUAUCAUCUUAGGCCUGCUUCUGGUGCCUUUUGGUCUGGAAGAGCUACUACUAUGAAAUCCUUUGUUUUCUAUUGAGUUGUUGAAGUUCGACUGGUGCAUUCCAUUGUGAAAGUUAGCUGUGGAGUGUGGACGUUCCUUCUUGUUAUAUUCAUCCUGAUCCUAUGGCCGAAACCCAAAAGAUUAUACACAGUCCAGGAUGCUGAAUGCCACAAUGCCAGGCACAUUUUUCAGUUACUGUUUGGUUAAUGCAUCAUUCGGCUACGUGGAAUGAA